AUGUAUUUAAAAAGCAGACAUAAUGCAAUUAACACCGAAAAGCAAAAGAAAACCAUCAGGGGGAAAACAUGGGCCCAUCUCAAAACGCCUCCAUGUCAAGACAACUAUUUCUGUGAGAAUUCUCCCAAACUGAAGGAGAAAUCCAAAUCCUUGAACCGGUCCAGCGGAGUGGAUGGGGAGGAGAACGAGGCCCUGAGCUCCACGGUUUUCGGUCAGGCCUGUAAUGAGCUGACCCACAGCGAGAGGGUCCUGGAGGAGAUGAUGCUCGGGCGCCGCGUGGGACUGUACGAGCUCCGAGGGGAAAUUGGAACUGGGAACUUCUCUUCUGUCCGACUGGGCGUGCACGUGGUGACCAAAGAAAGAGUGGCAGUGAAGAUCCUGGAUAAGUCUCGUCUGGAUAAGAAGACACACGGCCUGUUUGACUCAGAGAUCUCGUGCAUGGAGAAGCUGUCCCACCCAAACAUUGUGUGCUUGUAUGAAGUCCUGGAGACCUUCAAGAGACUGCACCUGGUGAUGGAGUACGCCAGCGGAGGAGAGCUGUUCUCACGCAUCACCACCAGAGGGCGCCUCUCAGACCUGGAGAGCAAGCUGGUGUUUUCUCAAGUCGUCUCUGCUCUCAAACACAUGCACGACAACAACAUCGUCCAUAGAGACUUGAAGGCCGAAAACGUCUUCUACACCAGCACCUACUGCAUCAAAGUGGGCGAUUUCGGCUUGAGCUCCGAAUGCCGCCCUUCCGACCUCCUCCACACCUCCUGCGGCUCCCCUCCUUACGCUGCCCCAGAGUUGUUCAAAAACAAAGCAUUCAACGGCCAGCAUGCAGAUCUGUGGGCUCUGGGUGUUCUGCUGUACUUUAUGGUCACCGCGACGAUGCCGUUCAAAGCUAGCAACACCGGACGAUUGAGGAAAUGCAUAUUACAGGGUUGCUAUAGCAUACCAGCGCACAUGCCAAAACCGUGCCAAGAUGUAAUCAAAGGGCUCAUCAAACAGAUACCAGUUGAUCGACUAAGUUUACAUCAAGUCAUGGUUAGCGAAUGGUUGAAAGGUAUUGAAUAUCCCAAAGCAUAUCCAGCGACCAACCCCACCCCUACACACCUGUACGACGCUAACUUCUCUCUCAGCGUGGACGAGUUGAACGUAAAAGCCGCGCUGGAGGAAGUAGGAGUGACCAAAAUGCAGGUGUUGAACCAAAGCAUGGAUUUGCGGAGUCCCAUAACCGGGGUGUACAGGAUUUUGUUGCACCGCGUUCAGAAGAGGAGCUCUGUGGAGGCGGUGGGGUACAGCCAAUGCAUGCAGCAGAAGCCCAGGGGAAAGUGGAGAGCCGGGUCCGACAGCGUGUUAAACAAGAGGCGCUCGGCCGUCUGUGAUGUCAUGUAA